AAAAUAAAAAAAUAAAAAAUUAUGUGUAUUGUACGGUGCGACGAUGAUGAUUAGAAUUUUUAUAGGAUUAGUAUUUAUACCUUUGUGCUGCACUUAGUUCGAUAUUUGCACGAUCCUAGUUUAUGAUUCUUUAGUUGUUGUUGCUGUUUUUAAUGUUGUUUUUGAGAGACGAAAUCCUUCACUUUUGGAUGCUUCUUGAAGUUCAAGCUUCUUGAUAUUGGUGUUUGCAAACUUGAGGAAAAUUGUGUUCGAAAGAGAUGAUGAUCAAUGACAGCAAUGCACGAGUCUAUUCUGAAAAUUAACUGUCUAUAUACUGCCUUUUGCAAAUAUAAUUUGAAUUUUGAGUCGAAAAUAGAAAAAAACCUGAGUUGUAUCAGCGAUCGAUGUUCCAGUCUCUGCUGUCAAAGGUCAUAUCUAGAAGAAAAAAAAUUAUCGUAGAAUUUACUUAUUUUGUUUCGUCGGAGAAGCCAUUCCUGGAAACAUAUUUAAUGAAAAAAGGGAAGGCUAUAAUAUAAGGCCAUUGUUUGCAAGUUACGAAGCAAAGGCAAAAGAUCAGACGGUUCAUGUUGCUCGAUCGUGCUUUGCUCUGUGCAUUGAAUAUGUUUAGCAUAGGACAGAUUGUGUGUGACAAAAACAAUGCAACGAGGUUUUGAUGAAUGAUGUUCUUUUACCACCCAGUGAGAUAUAUAUAUAUGUGCUCUUGUUAUUUAGGCAUAAUGUUUUAGUACAUAGAUAAUAGCUAUCUAGGAUGUUCCAUUGGAGAGGUCAGACCAAGAUUUAUUGACGUCCAAUUUCUAAGUAUGAAAAGUUAAACUGUUUCGUCGACUGAUGUCCUACCAAUGUUUUUUCAUAUUUCUUAGCAAAGAUGGAAAAUGGUUUCAAACAUGAAGACGAAACAGAGCUUCCUUCCAGUUUUUCUCAUUACAAGGUUGACCCAGGGAAACCAGCCCCACUGACUUGGCAAAGGAAGUUGAAUUUUCAGGGAAACGUGCCUUCAGAGUUCACAGUGCCGUUUCGGGAGAAAAUACAAAUGGCUCCGUUUGGCAUUCGACUAAUGCGUUAUUCUAAGGAAGAAGUAGCCAAAGGAAGGCUGCCAGUAUUUGAUUUUUUCAAUAGGCGUACCACCACAUGUCACCAUGGUGUUCCUUUAGGUGGUAUUGGUGCAGGAAGCAUUGGAAGAAGCUACAGAGGCGAGUUUCAAAAAUUUCAACUGUUCCCCGGACAAUGUGAAGAGAACCCCAUGUUAGCAAAUCAAUUUUCUAUUUUUGUUUCAAGGCCUAAUGCUAAAAAAUAUUCUACUGUAUUAUGCACCGGGAGCCCAGAGGUACCCAAAGAAGGCACUGCUUCUGGCAUUGAAACUUGGGAUUGGAAUUUGAACGGCGAGAAGUGUACAUAUCAAGCUUUGUUUCCAAGGGCUUGGACAACCUACGGUGGUGAACCUGACCCAGAACUUAGAAUUGUUUGUCGCCAAAUUUCACCUUUUAUUCCCCAAAAUUAUAAGGAGAGCAGUUUCCCUGUAUCAGUAUUUACAUUUACGGUAUCUAAUAAAGGAAAGACUCCUGCAGAUGUGACGAUGCUCUUUACAUGGGCUAAUUCCGUAGGUGGGAUCUCGGGAUUUUCUGGUCACCACUGCAACUCAAAGAUAGUGGGAAAAGAUGGAGUGCACGGAGUACUUUUACACCACAAGACCGCACAUGACCACCCUCCGGUUACUUUUGCUAUCGCAGCAGAGGAAACAGGUGAUGUUCAUGUUUCUGAGUGUCCUAGCUUUUUGAUAUCUGGUGAUUCCCAGGGUAUCACAGCUAAAGACAUGUGGCAUGAAAUUAAAAAGAAUGGGUCAUUCGAUCACCUUGACCACAAUGAAACUCCAACACCUUCAAAACCAGGAUCAUCUAUUGGAGCAGCUAUAGCAGCCUCUUUGACUAUUCCUUCUGAUUCUAUCCGAACUGUCACAUUUUCAUUGGCAUGGGACUGCCCAGAAGUGAGAUUUGGUCAAAAAACUUACCACAGGCGCUACGCCAGAUUUUAUGGCACUCAUGGGAAUGCUGCAGCAAGUAUUGCACGUGAUGCUAUACUUGAGCACGCCCUAUGGGAAUCCCAGAUAGAAGCAUGGCAGAGACCAGUUCUUGAUGACAAAAGGCUGCCCGAAUGGUACUCAGUCACUCUCUUUAAUGAGCUGUAUUAUCUUAAUGCUGGGAGAACAAUCUGGACAGAUGGAUCACCUCCAAUGCAAAGUUUAGGAACCAUUCGUGAGAGGAAGUUCUUCAUUGAUAGACCCCGAUCAAAUCUGAAGAAUACAGCUGAUAUGUCUCAUCAAAAUGACACUGCUAUUGAUAUCCUUGAAAGGAUGGCGGCAACACUUGAGCAAGUACAUACUCCACUAACAUCAAAUUCUGCUUUUGGAACCUAUUUGCUCCCGAAUGAAGAAGAAAACAUUGGUCAGCUUCUUUAUUCGGAAGGAACUGAAUACCUAAUGUGGAACACUUAUGAUGUCCACUUCUACUCAUCUUUUGCACUACUCAUGUUAUUCCCCAAACUUGAACUUAGUAUCCAAAGAGACUUUGCAGCAGCAGUAAUGAUGCAUGAUCCUGACAGGAUGAAAAUUAUGAGUGAUGGAAAGUGGGUUGAACGAAAGGUUCUAGGUGCUGUACCCCAUGAUAUUGGGUUCAAUGACCCUUGGUUUGAAGUAAAUGCUUAUAAUUUGCAUAAUACAGAUAGGUGGAAAGACUUGAACUCUAAGUUUGUUCUCCAAGUAUAUAGAGAUAUGGUUGCUACCGGUGAUAAAAAUUUUGCACGAGCUGUUUGGCCUUCAGUAUAUGUUGCAAUGGCUUAUAUGGAUCAGUUCGAUAAGGAUGGAGACGGGAUGAUCGAGAAUGAGGGGUUCCCUGAUCAGACUUAUGAUAUAUGGUCCGUUAGUGGUGUGAGUGCAUAUUCAGGAGGGCUUUGGGUGGCAGCCCUCCAGGCUGCUUCAGCCAUGGCAUGUGAAGUAGGUGAUAAAGCAUCUGCAAAUUUCUUUUGGGUUAGGUAUCAAAAGGCAAAAGCUGUAUAUGACACACUAUGGAAUGGUUCUUACUUUAAUUACGACAACAGUGGUGGUAGUUUCAGUGCAUCUAUUCAAGCUGAUCAAUUGGCAGGACAAUGGUAUGCUAGAGCAUGUGGUCUUUCUCCAAUUGUCGAAAAAGACAAGGUGACGAGUGCCCUCGAGAAGGUUUAUAAUUUCAAUGUCCUAAAGGUUAAGGGAGGUAUGCGUGGGGCAGUGAAUGGGAUGCGGCCAGAUGGAAGGGUUGAUAUGUCGACAAUGCAGUCAAGAGAAAUUUGGUCUGGAGUUACAUAUUCUGUUGCUGCUGCAAUGAUUCAGGAAGAGAUGUUGGAAAUGGCAUUUCAGACUUCGGUUGGUGUCUAUGAAGCAGCUUGGUCCCAAGAAGGUUUAGGCUAUUCUUUUCAAACUCCAGAAGCCUGGAACACCGACGACCAAUACAGAGCUCUUGGUUACAUGCGGCCAUUGGCCAUAUGGGCAAUGCAGUGGGCCUUGUCAAAGCCAAAGCUUUGUAAACCGGAGCUCAGACAUGAAGUAAGGGAGGACCAAGAAUAUUAUAGGCACCAUGCAGGGUUUGCACAGGUUGCACGUCUUCUAAAGUUGCCCAAUGAGGAUGCUGCUGCUAAAAGUACGCUAGAAGUUGUUUACGAUUCCAUUUGCAAGAGACUGUCGUUCUAAUAGCAGCAAAUGUGUGUGAUGGUUCCUACAAGGCUGGUUGUAAUGCAUUUAUCGGAUAUGAUACUGCUUUAUAGACUUCCAUAUGCAAAUGCAAUUUAACAGCUCUAUAAUAGUGAAACCAGAAAACUUUGCUAUUUCGUCCAAUUCUCAGAGAAAAGGCUUUCCAAAGCACAAAAA